AGACACACCGAUACAACAAAAUCUGGUCUCAGCUUCAAUAGCCAUAGUAUUUGGGCUUCUUGGCUCCUUUGUUCAAUCCAUUAUACCCACCUCGCCUGGGCCAUCGCAAGACUGCUACAACCGGAUCUUUGACCUGCAGGCUUCCGACAAGCCCUGCCGACAGACCUUGGUUACGGUCGAUCACCACAAACACAACAAGCAUGGACUCCAUGAGGAGUCUGAAUACAUCUCUUCCCGGCACUACUCCAGCCAAGCAGCAGAUGGGAGAGCCUUCCGAGCAGCUUCUUACAGCCUUCAAGGCCGCUGCCUUGUCCGUCACGAACCUCUAUAAAAGCGCCGCAGCAGAUCAGGGAAGGGCACGAGCAGAAGGCUACCAAGAUGCGUUAGAUGAACUCCUGGCGUUCCUAGACAAAGAAGACAUUGGUUUGAGUGAUGGGGAAGGAUGGAGGAUUCGACGAUGGGCCACAGAAAGACUGGACGGUCGAGACUCGAUAUCUCAGCACAUGGAGAGCGACGAUGAGAAUUCGGAGAAGCUAGAGCGAGGAUCAUCCCCCAUCCUUCAAAGAUCACAAAGUGCCACUCGAUUAUCUUCUGCAUCGAGGCCGGCCAGGACAGCAUCUCCAGCACGAACAGAAUCUGCGCCGCCACCUACAGUCAUCACGCCAAUUACCGAAGAGGGACCUGUCAAUUUUGUUCCUCCCCAAAGCACUUUCACAUUCCGAUCAUCGCAUUCGUAUCCUCAGGAUGCAGAUAUUAUCCUGUCAGACCUCGAAAUUGCAGACAAUGCUCGAGCUCAAAGUCAUGACGGCUCUGUCACGUCACACGCUUCAAAUACUGCGUCGUCGGGCAUCACAAUUACCCGGCCUUCACGAACAAGACACAAUAACCACUCAGCACGGAUCAAUUCCAGGAAUACGGCUUCGAUAGGCAGAGGUGCGGGGCAGAAACGCAAGAUCAACUUUGGAGAAUUUUUCGAUAUUGGAAAUUUGGGCAAGGAUGGCUUUGGUGGGGGUGGAAAGCGAGGAAGAUUCGCAUAGCGAUCCACAUUUUGUCUCCCGUUCUGCGAUACCCAGUGGUGCAUCACCACCCUGCUGUUUAUUGGGAGCUUUUGUUGUCACAUUCUGGUAGCAUUUAAGGAGCAUCAGCGAUAUUUUACUCCUCACGGAACGAUGAUUCACGACACAUUUGCAGAGACUUGGGAUCGGUUGCUGGGUCAUGGUCGGUGCGUUAGACAGCAUUGCAAGGCGUCAGACACCUGGGGGUAGAGGAUUUGGUCAAGUCCAUCCAAGUUUGUGAACUGGCCUGGUAAUCUAACAAUAAAUUCGGAUUUCCUGAA